GGAAAUGGACGGUGUCAUGGGGGGAAUGGGGCAGUAGUGUUUCGAGCUUUGCCUGUUACUUUGGGGUUUGCUCAUUUAUUAGGUUUACUCUCCUUGGGAAGGGGGGUGUUCUGUAUUUCUGUCAGUGUACUACUUGUGUUUUCAUAUGGAGCUCUACUUCUCCCUGCUGCAAGUUCCCUCCCAGUGGAGCUAUCCUGAAGGGCCUGGGUUCCUCUAGUCCAGGGGUGGCCAACCUGUGGCUCCAGUGUCACAUGCUGCUCUUCAGAAGUUACUAUGCGGCUCCUUGUAUAGGCACCGACUCUGGGGCUGGAGCGACAGGUGCCAACUUUCCAAUGGGCCAAGGGGUGCUCACUGCUCAGCCUCUGGCUCUGCCACAGGCCCUGCUCCCACCCCUUCCCUGAACCUGCUGUGCCCUUGCUCCUCCCCCCACCCCACCCCACCCCAGCACACCACAAAACAGCUGAUCUGGAGGUACAGGGAGGGAGGAAGAGAUGCUGAUUGGUGGGGUUGCUGGUGGGAGGGAGGCGCUGGGAGCAGUGGUGGGGAGUUGAUGGGAGGCUGCUGAUGUAUUACUGUGGAUCUUUGGCAAUGUACAUCGGUCAAUUCUGGCUCCUUCUCAGGCUCAGGAUGGCCACUCCUGUUCUAGCCGCAGAAUCAGACAAACACACAUAUAUUAACGGCGUGCGUCUGAGAGGACUGGGUUAAUCAGCGCUCCCAAGCUGACCCCUUAUAUGUCCCUGGACUCAGUAGGCUGGGCCAAGCAGCAUUUCCAAGCUGUCACCCUCAUAGGGCCAUGGAUUCAGCAGGCUGCGUCAAACAGCACCUUCAAGCUGUCACCCUCAUAUGCCCUGGGCACCGCACCAGAAUAAAGUUCGCCUGAACAGGCUGAGUUAAGCAGCACUUUCAAUCUGCCACCCUUAUAUGCCCCUGGACUCAGCAGACUGGGUUGAGCAGCCCUUCAAAGCUGCCACCCUCAUAUGUCCCAGGUUCAGCACUAUCCCCACUUUCAUGUUACAGUUGUUCUGGUAGUAACCCACUUGGUCAGCAAACCACACACGACUUUUGGGCACUGCAGGGAUCUUUUAGCUUAGGUACGAGGAGCGUUGCUGCAGGGCAAAUGAGGAAACCAGAAAACACCCACGAGGGGCGGGAGGAUAAAGAAGCAACCAGCUUAAUCAUGAAAAUUAUUUAUUGCCAGGUAGUAACCAUAGGGGAGCCAAACAAAACAGUUAUAAUACACCUCUACCCUGCUAUAACACGAAUUCAAAUAUAACACGGUGAAGCAGUGUUCCGGAGGGGCAGGGCUGCAUGUUCUGGUGGAUCAAAGCAAGUUUGAUAUAACGCAGUUUCACCUCUAACAUGGUAAGAUAUUUUGGCUCCCAAGGACAGCGUUAUAUUGAGGUAGAGGUGUAUUAAAUCUAACUUAAACUUAAUUAUAAAAGUCAAGUUUAAGAAAACUAUAACUGAUCAUACAAGUCAGUGUCAGAAGGUUAUACUUAGAGAGAGCUGGGUUCUCACCACUCUGUGAAGCUUGAAUUGAUCAGGGGUCCCAGGUGGUGGUGGUAGCUAAGGGUCCGGAAUGCUGGAGACAGGCAGAGCCCCCCAGCAUGAUCAGUCAGGAGAAGAUGAAGUCCCAAUAGAACUGAUGCAGAUUUUGAAUCCAGGCAUCAGAACACUUAUUUGAGCAUGGGUAGGAUUUUUUGUAGAGAAAGAACAAUGGUUCAAGGGAAAACGCUAGAUUUGUUUGUGUAAACUGGUGGCUUAAGGGAGUAUACCAGAGUUGUUUUGUUCAGGCUGGACAAUGGGAGCUGAUCAUUCCUGAAUAUGAGUGGUGUUCAUUGGAGGGAGCUCACAAUGCAUUUAGGGAGCUUCACUAUUUUGGAUACCAAUAAAGGAUUUAUUACUAGAAUUAGUCUGAUAAUGAGCUGGGAGUAAUAUAGUUACUUUGGUUAGGAAGGGCCGCAUCGCCAGUGCCAAUGCUGCUCCUGUCUCCUCCACCUGCGACUAUAUCCAGACAGACAGGCUAACCGUGGAUACCUCUAUGCAGAUCCUGAUGUGGAUUUGCAGAGACCAUGGCCUGCAUGUCUCACUCUCAGAAAGCCAAGCUAGGGGGGGACCAUACAGUGCGAAAGAUGCCUGCUGGUGGAAUGUCUCAGGAAGCAGGUGGGAGAGCUACAGGAGGAGGUGGCUAGGCUGAGGAGCAUCCGUAGCCAUGAGGAAUUCCUCGAGAGUAUUCACAUGGAGACAUCCAAGACUGAGGAAGCUAUCCAGCUACAGCUUUGUCUGUAACUCUAGUGACUAUGUCUGGUUGUGGUAAGGGAGGCAAGGGUCUCGGAAAAGGAGGCGCUAAGCGCCAUAUGAAGGUGUUGAGGGAUAACAUCCAGGGCAUUACAAAACCUGCUAUUCGCCGUUUGGCUCGUCGUGGGAGAGUGAAGUGUAUUUCAGGUCUCAUUUACGAGGAGACUCGCUGGGUGCUCGAAGUGUUUCUGGAGAACGUGAUCCGAGAUGCUGUUACUUACACCGAGCAUGCGAAGCGGAAGACUGUGACUGCUAUGGAUGUUGUUUAUGCGUUGAAGCACCAGGGUCGUACUCUGUAUGGAUUUGAAGGCUAAGCUGUGCCAGUAAUUCUCUUCGAAAACAUCUACAGAGGACUGCCAUCACACCACCAGGGGAGGAGCAUAUGGCUCUAUCACAGGGAGGACACUGGAUUACUUCUGCCACCAGGGAGUGCUCCACCCCUGCCUCCAGCCCAUCCACAAUGGUGAUGGAGAACUGAUAUGCUGUCCUGGCAAUGAGGAAUCACCCCCAAAGGAGGAGGAGAAGCCACAUACCCUCUGCCCCCCAUUAUGCCACCUCCAUCCCCUUUAGACUCUGCCCCAUUUCCCCUGCCCCCUCUUAUGCCAUCCAGGCUCUAGGCACCAGCAAACCAAACACUUGCUUGGGGCAGCACAUUUUCAGGAGCGGCAUUCUGGACAUCUUUUUUUAAUUUUUUUGCUUCAGGCGGCAAAAGCCUAGAGCCAACCCUGGCAGCAGCAGCGGCGCGUCAUGCGCAGGGGGUGCCCUGGGGCUGCUGCUGUUUGCGCCUUGGGGGAGCAGUGCCCACACCUUGUGGCUGGGCCAGGCAGGCUCCAAGCGCGAGACACUCAGGCUGGGGGCUGCCCCACGGGGCACAUGGAGCCACCUGCAGGUGCCACAGGGCGGCCGCCCCCCAACGCCGCAGCCAGUGCUAAGUGAAGCGGCCCGAGCUGCCCAGGGACUGUGGCAGGGUGGCCAGAAGCAGCAGGGCCAUAGAGGGUGGGGCACUGCUGUGCAGGGCCUGCGUCCCGCUCUCCGAGGCUCUGUUCCCUCUGGGGCUACCCUGCCCUGGCUCCUCAGCCCCCUGCCGGGGCGGUCCCCCAGCUCUGCCCUCCCGGGUCCCUGCCAGUUCUGGAGGUGGGAGGCCCGGCUGGAGGGACCCAGGAGUCCCGCCGCUUACCUCGACCUGACCAGCGCCGGACCAGCUGGAGGCGAGGGGGGAGCAGGCGGAGUCAGCA